AUGUUGCAGUUGAGCUAUAACAACCUUAGAGGGACUAUCCCAUCUUCUUUGGGAAAUCUAACCAAGUUGAUUAAAGCAUAUCUUUCCAACAACAACUUUCAUGGGCAAAUUCCUCCACAUCUAUCAAACUGCCAAUCUCUUAUUGCACUCGAUCUAUCUAAUAACAAUCUUAGUGGUGUCAUACCCCCGCAACUUAUUGGUCUCUCUUCAUUAGCCAUCGUUCUAGACUUGUCCCAUAACCAUCUGACUGGGGUUCUACCCACAGAAGUUGGCAACUUGAAAGCUUUGACCGAGUUGGACAUCUCUGACAAUUUGUUGGCAGGAAGCUUUGGUUCUGUUUACAGAGGGAUUCUUGAGGACAAUGGAAUGGUUGUUGCCGUGAAGGUGCUUCAUUUAGUUCGUUGUGGUGCUUUGAAGAGCUUUAUAGUUGAGUGCGAGGCAUUAAAGAACAUCAAACAUCGAAAUCUUUUGAAGAUAUUAACGGUUUGCUCUGGCAGUGAUUACCAAGGAAAUGAUUUUAAGGCCUUAGUUUAUGAAUUUAUGGAUAAUGGAAGCUUAGAACAAUGGCUACACUCAUAUGCAACAUCAUCUCAUGGGAAUAUGCUUUCAAAAAAGUUAAAUAUCAUAUGGAGGAUAAAUAUUGCAAUUGAUGUUGCUUCUGCACUAGAUUAUCUUCAUCACCAGUGCCACAUACCCAUCGUUCAUUGUGAUUUAAAGCCAAGCAAUAUCCUCCUAGAUGUUGAGAUGGUCGCACAUGUUGGCGACUUUGGAUUGGCAAAAUUCCUUCUUGAAUCAUCCCUUGAUACUGUAGAUAAUCAAAUGAGCUCAGGGGGUCUUAGAGGAACAAUGGGUUAUGCUCCACCAGAGUAUGCAAUGGGAUGCAAAGUUUCAAGAGAAGGCGAUGUCUAUAGUUUCGGCAUUCUCUUACUAGAGAUAUUCACAGGUUUGAGUCCCACUGAUGUCAAAUUCAGAGACAAUUUGACUCUUCAUAGUUUUGUAGAAGAAGCUUUGCCUAAGCGAGUGCUAGAAAUCACAGACAGCUUUAUGCUUCAAGAAAGAGAGAGCCAUUUAGGCCCCUAUAGUUGUCGGCAUUGGUCUUCCGAAAGGGAUAACAUAUUUCAAGAAUGUUUGGUUAUGGUGUAUAAUAUUGGAGUUGCUUGUUCGUACCAAGUGCCAGGUAGACGGAUGAACAUCAAUGAAGUUGCAAAUCAGCUGCAUCAAAUCAGGAAGAAACUCUUUGCGUUGGGUUUACGUGAACAAGAUGAACCACCGAUAGCUUAA